AUGGCUACCCCAUUGAAGACAAAUGAGCCACUAUGUUUUUUCCCAUUAACAUGCUUUUUGCAGGUGCAGUUAUUUGACAAUACAGAAUUCCAAAAUCAAUCCUCACAAACUGAAUUCAUGCUGCUGGGAUUUGAAGAGAACCAGGUAUUGCAGAUUCCACUUUUCCUGUUGUUUCUCCUCAUCUACAUUGUGACCAUGGCUGGGAAUAUCCUCAUUAUCCUGCUUGUUGCAACUGAUCGAAACCUUCACACCCCCAUGUACAUUUUUCUUGGGAAUCUCUCCUGCUUGGAGAUCUGCUGCAGCUCAAAUAUCUUGCCAAGGAUGUUAUUCAGUUUCCUUACAGGAAGGAAGACUAUAUCUGUCAAUGCAUGCUUUGUGCAAGAAUAUGUCUUUGGUUCUCUGGGAGCUGUGGAAUGCUAUCUCUUAUCCGUAAUGUCCUAUGACCGGUACUUAGCUAUAUGUAAGCCACUACAUUAUGUCAUCAAGAUGAAUGGCAAGUUGUGUCUCGAAUUGAUAGCCAUCUCUUGGUUUAGUGGUGUUAUAGCAAGUAGUUUGAUAAUUGCUUUAAUAUCCAAAUCUGUUUUCUGUGCUGGCAAUAAGAUUGAUCAUUAUUUUUGUGACACGCUUCCAGUCAUAGAACUAUCUUGCAGUGACACCCAGAUAUUAAAACUGAGUCUAUAUGUUGUAAGCUUUAUUGUCACUUUUCCUCCAUUUAUACUGACAUUAACAUCAUACAUGUUCAUCAUUGUAGCCAUAAUGAAAAUCCCUUCCACUAUGGGGAAGCAAAAAGCAUUUUCUACUUGUUCCUCUCAUCUCUUGGUGGUUACCAUUUUUUAUGGUACACUGAUUAGUAUUUACGUGAUUCCAAACACUGUUAGACUUAAUGGCCUUCAUAAAGUUUUCUCAGUCUUCUAUACCAUCCUGACUCCAAUGCUCAAUCCGAUCAUAUAUAGUCUGAGAAAUAAGGAGGUAAAAGAUGCCAUGAAAAGACUCACUUCAGUCCUUUUUGAUAAAACUCUGGAGAAAAUCCUAUCUAGGAAAAGCUAUAUGUAG